AUAUUAGCACGGGGGAUAGAGCACGACUGUCAGAAGAGGGAGGAAACUCUGCAGAGGUCCUCAUUAAAAUUCCCUGUCCGUACGCUCACCACGAAAACCUCCUUUAGUGGGUGGCACCGGCGUCCUGCGCGCCUCUUAAUUGCGCACCACGCAUUAACGAGCGAUCACAGUUUCAUCACCAGUGGCUGCGGAUGACGCUGUCUCGAGGCGGAGAGUUUGCUUCGCGUCCCGCUAUUUACGGCGUCAAGUGUGAGAGAGGAAAGGUGGGCGCAGAGUCCCAAAGGUCCAGCUAAAGGGUGGCACCCUACGCAUCUCAUCCAGCUCCUGGACACCCGGUCCCGCGACCCACAGCGACAAGGUCUGCUCCCGCAGUCCGCACGCUUCUUGUGGCCGCUCACGAUUGUGACAUUUCUCUGCUGGGUAGGCUACUGGCAACAUGUGCGCCUGGAUGGUGUGAAGUGUGACACAUCGGCUUUGGGGUUUCAUUUCUCUCGGAUACGCCAAGUACCCGACGUUACGGCGCACCUUGUGUAGACACACUCUCAGGACAAGCAGCUCUUGGAUUUAAUCCGUCUCACUAAUAGUGGGGGAUGGAGCAGAGGGGGAGGAGGAGGAGAGAGGAGAGAGGAGAACAAUACAACAGUAUCUCUCUCUCCAUCUCCGGACACGUGGUCGCCCGGCGGGAAAUCUUUGGACCUUGAACAUUCUCUACGGAUGUUUCUUCUCUCGUUCUCUCCUUCCAGCUGGCUCUCAGCGGUCUCUGUUGCGCAAAUUAAGGAAACGAGAGAACCAUGAGCACUGUGGAGGAGGAGCCGGAUCACAUGAUACCAUGAAGACAAGCCUGCAGGUCCUGCGCUGCCAGCUGCUGAGUGUUCUAGCAUUCCUAGUACUGUCAGUAGGACUGGUGUCAUCAGCACAGGAGCUGUACCUCAGCCACACAUCCCAGGACUCUGUCUCCAUGUCAGCCGCCCACAGCAGCCCUAUGGCUGCCCCCAAACCUCCCCUCCUGGACCUGCGCGAGGAUGAUGGCUCCAGUAGUGGGGCAUGGUCAUCCAAAGAAGGCACUCAACCCGCAAACACCAUACUCCCUGGUGUCAUCUUCCAACCUUUGGCCUUGCUUCACACAACCCAAACUUCCAGCCUUGCUCAUGACGAUCCUCCCAUUCAUUCUACAAAGACUGUCAGCCCAAACACUGUGAGCACUGAAAGUCAUGUGAAUCAGCCCCUGGAGCCAAGUUCUGAUUUUGUAAACCAAGGCCAGAUGCACAACUUGGUCAGGGUGCCUCAAGUCCGUAACCCAUUUACUGUCAGCACUAAUCAGGCCAGCAUCAGCCCUAAAUCUCCCAGCACAGCGGUCCCAAAUAUAGAUGUGGAACCUACUGCUAGACAGGCUCCAGGCCCUCUGGCUGUUAUGUCCAGCCCUGGGUCAAACAGAGGAGACACACUAAUUGCACACAAUGUAGACCAUCAGACGUUGAGUGUGGAAGAGCACACCAACCCCAGCUGGCAGUAUGUUUCAGAUCUGCACCGCUCCUCCCUGACGUCCCUUUCCUCUUCAUCAAUGGAUGCUGACCCAGCAUUAGGCCAACUCAGGGAGCAUGCUUGGGGUGCCUCGGUGCGGACCGCACGCCACACCAUCACUCAGAGGGAGGUGCCUGCAGUGAACGAGAACCCCACUACUGAACUUGUUACAGUCAAAAGCCCACCAGAGAAUUUAACUUCAACUGCUUUCUCUCCAGCCCUUCCCACUGGACCCAGCCUCAACACACAGAAUACAACAAUCAUCCCAAUCAACCACACUGCACCCAACGAGACCACCACUGAGGAGGGUAAUGGUCAGGUUGUUCAAGAUAACAGCACAGACAGUACCCCUCUGGGACCCUGGUUCGGGAAUGUAACUGCAUAUGUAGGGCUGCUCUCUAACAGCAGCUCAGUCGAGGAGGCGGCUGCUCAGGGGAACAGCUCGGAGCCCUUUUCCACAGACAGUAGGAAAUACCAGAACAGGCAGGUGCCUGCCACAACCCAGGACCCCUGGAUGCCCGGCAACAGCUCAGACCCCACCGCUAACUCCCCGCAGUCCCGCCUGACCAUCUGCUUCAGCAGGAUGGACAUUGUGUGGAUCGUGCUGGCCAUCAGUGUGCCUGUGUCCUCGUGUUCUGUGCUUUUGACGGUGUGCUGCAUGAGGAGGAAGAAGAAGUCGUCAAAUCAGGAGAACAACCUCAGCUACUGGAACAACGCCAUCACCAUGGACUACUUCAGCAGGCACGCUGUGGAGCUGCCCAGAGAGAUACACACUCUGGAGAGCGAGGAGCAUGACACCUGUCUACCCCCUAAUGGAGACUACAGCGGCAGCAGCGUGGUCCUGGUUAACCCUUUCUGCCAGGAGACCCUUUUCAUCAACAGAGACAAAGCCUCUGCCAUCUAGAGACAGAAAAAACACUGUUGGGUUCUCCUCUCCUACUCCCCCUGCUGUUGUUGUCUAUUUUAUAUAUGUGGUAAAUAUUCAGAGACUUUGAAUUUAUACUGUAUAUGAAAAAAACACAAAGAGCAACCAGAAAGAAGAGUGACGUUAAACAGACACUAUUUACUAUGAGAAUGCACCCGCAUAUUUUUCUGAUGUACAUUUUCUACAAAAAGCUUAAUUGUGAUAAAAGGUUUUUAUUGUCUUUAUAAAAUACAGAAUAUGUGUGGUUUUGUUUUCAUUACAGUGGCUUGAUGGUGAGUGUACUGUGGAUGUUGCCACAUGAAAUCUGCUUUAGCGAGAGAAACGUGCUAUGAAAACAUUUAAAGCUGUUCGUUGUCAUUUUAUUUUUCUUUUAAAGUCAAUCCCAAAAUACUUAUAGCCUGUUGAACUUGAAUAGAGAACCUAUGUACUUGGGGGGGUGGGGUGGUCAGGGCCCAUAUUUAUCAAACUGAGAAAUGAAGCAAAACUUAGAAGUACAAAAGUUAUUUAAUAAAAGUGAAGAAUAACACAUAUUUAUCGCGCAACUUACUUCUACUUACAGCAAAGCGUAAGAGCAACUUUUAAUAGCAGCUCUAAAGUGAUCACAUGAUUAAUCACAUGAAUGCUCUGAGCAGGAAUAGCCAAUCAGAGACACAGAUUUGCUUUACUGUACAUCUGCUCCGUUGUUCAUUUUCCCCCCACUUUUAUUUUAACUCAGUGAUAUUAUAUUUUUACUAAAUGUUCUGUGUGAAAUCCUGAAAUUUUACAUUAAAAUUUUACUAUAAAAAAUAUGUUAUAGUACAUGAUUAUUAAUUUUAAUACAUUUUACUUAUAGAGUUCUUUUGUAGAUACCUAAAAAAAUGCUUAACUUGUGACAAACCCAAGAAAACUAAAACACAAUAAUACAGCAACACAGAGGAGGACAGAAUCACAAAUUAAACACUUAGAGCGCCUAUAAUUAAUAUUUUUAUAAUAACAAUAUAUCAAAUGACAAUGUGAAAGGGGUCAAUCGCAAAUAAAAUUAAUAAAAUCUUUUACCCGUUUUUACCCCUGAUACCUCUGGAGUUCUCUUGCAUUUAAGAGCAUUGUGAAGUCAUGAGAAAUUAGAUAAAUAGCUUCUUUUCUCAAGUUUGUGAGUAAAACUAAAGGAUUUUAACUUUCACCUGAGUCCACAAUUGAACUUUUGGAGUUUGAUAAAUACGGGCCCAAAUUUUAAUGGUUAAUUUGAGCAGAAUAUUCAGGUGAUUUGGGGUCAACAUCCUGCAGUUUUGACUGAUUUAAAAUAGCUUUCCCCUCAUGUGUCACCAGCUUCUCUUUAGAGGGACCACAUAGAUGUCUUAAUUCCUUAUGUUGCCCCUUUAUAUAUCAGUAUGUAUGUGUGAAUGCCCUGUGUGUGCAUGUAAGCAUACUGUGUGAAUGUGCAGUAAAGUGUGGACGAAUGAGUUCAAAUGUGCUGCCCCCUUAAUCAAAUAUCACUGUUACUUUGAGUCAAGACUUUGCUCAGUUUUAUCUGUUUGUGUGUGUGUGUGUAUCUGUUUCUGUGUGUACCUCUGUGUGUCUGUCUGUCUCUUGUCUGUAUCGUGGAGUGGCUACUGGUGAUAUCCCAGUUUGAGAAACAGUUUCUCAGUGCUGUAGGAAACAAUUAGACCAACCUUGCUCCUGUAAAUGUCUCCCUCCAUAAAUAAUGUUUUUGUCAAUCAAUGCAAACUGUUUGUUGAAGUGUUGAAUGAUUGUGAAUUAGUUGCUGGACCACAUAAUACUGUCAAAAAUCUCCAAUAAAAACCCUGAGAUAAAUAAUGUAUGCUGAAUAUUAACUGUAAGCACAUACAGAGGCAGUUUAAUUUUAAAAAGUACGUUUGAAUAUUUUGUUUAAUUAUUGAACCUGCGGUCCUUCUUCUGUUACCUGUUUUACUUUGCAUUGCUGCAGUUUUAUUCAAUAAUCAAUGCUGCCUGCCUCUAUCGUCGCAAAAGAUUUUCUGCAUUGUGAGAUGUUGUUCUAAAAUCACUGAUUUAAAAGGCAAUGCUGAAUAACACGGUUAAACAUAUUGAUAUUUCAUGCAUUGGAUGCUCACAGCUGGGCUUCUUGUUUUGCACGCUCAAAAGUGGAUAUUUUACAAAACGUUCAGUGGCACGGUGGAACAGUGUGAACAUUAUGUAUUUUUUGUACUGUAGUAUAUACUGUACUUUUUACUGCUGAGCAAUAAAACAGAAAAAAAACACUUA